AUGGCACCAAAACGGCCCCUUGACGCAGACUAUGCCGCCGAUUCGAAGGCAUCCACCGCUGCACCGGAAACUCACAAACGCAGGAAGGGCUUCACGGUUGGACCAGACAAUUUGCCAGAUGGCACAUACCGGCGUAAAACCCAGAAAAUCAAACGUGAUCUAAUCGAGAAGGCCAAGGUCAAGAAGGCCUAUGCAAAAAUAAAAGCUGCCGAACAAGAAUCUGCACCUGUGCGGUCUAGUUAUUAUAACUACGACAACAACGACGGCGAUGAAGGACCUACUGAGAAUGCUGAUUCCGCGACACCAGCCACCACUAGUCUGGAAUUGCACCCCGAUCGCCAAGCUAUGCUAGAUGGUCCUGAAGAAAAAGAAUCUAUAGAGGAGGAAAGGAGAGCUAAGAGGCGAGACGAGGCGAGGGAACAGGGCCGUCGGAAACGACGACCUAAGCCGUCCGCUUUCAAGAAAGAGAUUGAAUUGGCCGAGAAGCGUAGGAAGGAGCAAGAGGCUCGACACAGAGAGAGGGAAUCGAAAGCUAAGGAGCGGGAAGCUAUGGCAAGGGCAAGGAGGCCUGACCAGUAUGGAAAGCGAAGGCUUGGUCGGGAAAGCAAAGUUCUUCUGAGUAAGAUCCAGCGUACUGUGGGAUCUCAAUAA